UAUGUAUCGCUCUGGCUUCCCGACCUAUCUUAGUGGGGUUCCUUGCGAAACAACGAAGUUGCAAUGGCGGGAGUGGUCAUGGAUGUAAUGCGCUUAAACGAAUAACUUCCAGGAAAUAGUCACUUCGGGAUCAUUCGUCAUCGCUGUCAAAGUGGGAGGUGCCAUCAGGGUUCUCCUACCUGUACCCUUAUAGCCACCAGUUGACCCAGGGGUUAUUGAACACUUGCUGUAUGUGCAUCUCAUAAAAACCAGCAAGGAAACAUGGCUACCGAAGAGACGAGUGAUAUUCGGAUUCACGAUGUUGUGAUCGUUGGCGCAGGACCUUGCGGCCUUGCCGUCGCAGCACGAUUGUCCGAACGUAUGCCGGCAGCCAACUUCUCAGACGACGAACAUCAAAGAUAUCACUGGAUACGGAAACACAGAAAUCAAGCCAGCAUUAAAAAUCAUAGGAACGGAUCCGAGAUGCGCCGAAAGUCAUCUGUCGCUUCGCCAGGUGGUAGAGAACUGGAUCUUCUAGUACUCGACGCUACGGAUAAUUGUUGGAUGGCGCGAUGGGAUACUCUAUUCAUGACUUUCGAUAUUUCCCACCUUCGGAGUCCCAUGUUUUUUCACGUCGACCCUGCGGAACGAGAUGGUCUAUUGGCUUUCACGUAUAGAAAUGAUAGGGGUAAUGAGCUAACCGAGCUUCGGGGCUGUGUUGGGAAAGAAUUGAGUAAACACCAAAGAAAGAAGAGAGAAAGGGCUGGAAGAAUACCGCGGACAGAGCCUACUGUUGACGAGCGUGAUCGAAACGACUAUUUCGUUCCUUCGACGCCACUUUUCGCUUCUCAUUGCGGAUGUAUCAUGGAUCGUUAUGGGCUACGCGGUAAUGUUGUAAGCCAUGAAGAAGUUGAAGAUAUUCGAUACGACUACCUCGAAGACGUCUCUGAAGUAGACAAAGUUUUUACAGUCCGAACAGGUAGGGGUGUUCAUUACGCAAAGACUGUGGUGUUAGCCAUAGGUGGUAACCCCCCUCAAAUCCCCGACAAUCUCACAGAGGGGACGGAGGGGGCAACCCAUGCUAUGCAUAUCAAGGAAUUUCCGUCUGCUCGCGUCAAACAAAAAAUCAAAGCGAGAUCCCAAGUUAACGUCGUUAUUGUUGGUGGAGGGUUAACAUCGGCCCAAUUAGCUGACUUGGCUAUUCGUCGCGGAGUAAACAAGGUAUGGCUAUUGAUGCGCGGUCCCCUUAAAGUGAAGCCUUUCGAUGUAGGACUGGAAUGGGUGGGUAAGUUCCGAAACUUCGAGCAGGCUGCCUUCUGGACUUCCGACUCUAUUGAGGAGAGAUGGGAGAAGAUAAAGAAUGCUCGGAACGGAGGUAGUAUUACGCCGCCGUAUAAGAAGCUUCUCGAGCGGCAUAUCUCUACUGGCCGACUAUGUUUACUGCAGAACACCACCAUCAAGCGUAAGAGCUGGGAUCCAUGCACCGAAACUUGGACAGUAUCGCUAUCGGACGAAAGCCAAGCGCUCCAUCAGAUCGACCACAUCUAUUUCGCAACCGGUGUUCAAAGCAACUUUGAGUGCCUUCCCUUUUUGAAGUCGAUGUGCUCUGACUAUCCGAUCGAGAGCUGUGGUGGCCUGCCUUGUAUCACAGAGAAUAUGGCGGUAAGCCUGUCCCGUAUUUACUCGUUAUUUGCUCCUUGAUCCCUUUUCCCGGGGUCCUGAUAGUUAUCACCAGUAUUCCUUAGUCUAUCUUAGAUGCUUAUGUCCCAUUUUAUUCUCAAGUCACGUAACAUAGCUAACUCGAUAAACUGCAGUGGAAAGAUGACGUUCCCCUAUUUAUAGCCGGCAGACUUGCUGGGUUGCAACUUGGACCGGGC